AGUUUACUAGUUUGAAACUUCAAUCACGCAUUACUCUCUGCCUUGUGCAUCCCGUAGUACUAAUGAGUUGUCAUUGUUCAGCACUUAUCCACUGACUAAUCAACUCUAGUGAAUUUAAGCUUUACACACAAGUUUAACUCCAUCAUUGCUCAUGCAUUACUUCAGUUUGUUGUCUUGCUUUAGCUUCUCUCUCUUUCUAUUGAGUGGUUUCAGUUUUCUUAUUUCUCAGCGUGGCUGUUUUAAGCUCUAACUCUCAGGUAGCUUAAUAUACCCAAUGAAGUUUAUUCUUUCCCUGAAGAGUUUCAUCUAUAUACUAUUUUUCCCUUCUCUUGUAGUUUCCAUAGUACCAGACAGAUCAUCAAUUUCACAGUUCCAAUCCCUCAGUUAUGGAAAGACCAUAGUUUCUUCCCCACAUGGAAUGUUCGAGCUUGGUUUCUUCAAUCUUGGAUAUCCCAACAGAAUCUACCUCGGUAUUCGGUACAAGAAUAUUCCAGUUGACAAUGUUGUUUGGGUUGCAAACGGUGGCAACCCAAUCAAUGAUUCCUCUGCCGACUUGAAACUACACAGUUCUGGCAAUUUGGUCCUUACACACAACAACAUGGUUGCUUGGUGCACAAGGUCUUCAAAAGCAGCACAGAAUCCUGUGGCAGAACUCCUGGAUUCUGGCAAUCUUGUGAUAAGAGAUCUGAAUUCAGCGAAUCAAGAGUCAUAUCUAUGGCAAAGCUUUGAUUACCCAUCUAAUACAAUGCUAUCAGGAAUGAAGGUUGGAUGGGACCUCAAAAGAAAUCUCAACAUUCGCCUCAUAGCUUGGAAGAGUGGUGAUGAUCCAACACCAGGAGACUUAUCAUGGAGUAUUGUGCGGCAUCCCUAUCCUGAGAUCUAUAUGAUGAAGGGAAACAAAAAGUAUCACAGACUUGGACCAUGGAAUGGGUUGCGCUUCACCGGCAUGCCAGAAAUGAAGCCUAAUCCAGUUUACCAUUACGAGUUUGUCUCCAACAAGGAAGAGGUUUACUACACAUGGACCCUCAAGCAGACUAGUUUAAUAACAAAAGCUGUACUUAACCAAACGGCCCUAGCGCGUCCUCGUUAUGUAUGGUCGGAGCUUGAUGAAUCAUGGAUGUUUUAUUCAACCUUGCCAUCAGACUACUGUGAUCAUUAUGGCGUUUGUGGAGCCAACGCAUAUUGCAGCACGUCUGCGUCACCAAUGUGUGAGUGCUUGAAAGGGUUCAAACCUAAGUAUCUUGAAAAAUGGAACUCAAUGGACUGGUCCCAAGGAUGUGUCCUGCAACAUCCAUUGAAUUGCAAGCAUGAUGGGUUUGUCCUUUUGGAAGGAUUGAAAGUGCCAGAUACAAAAGCUACGUUUGUGAAUGAUAGUAUUGAUAUAGAGAAAUGCAGAACCAAGUGCUUGAAUAAUUGUUCUUGCAUGGCUUAUACAAAUUCUAAUAUAAGUGGAGCAGGCAGUGGUUGUGUCAUGUGGCUUGGGGAUUUAUUUGACAUCAAACAGUAUUCAGUUGCUGAAAAUGGGCAGGGUCUAUAUAUCCGGUUGCCUGCUUCAGAAUUAGAGGCUAUCAGGCAGAGGAAUUUUAAAAUAAAACAUGUAACCAUAGUCACUGCAGCUUCAGGAAUGCUUGUACUUGGUAUUUAUUUUAUCUACAGAAUCUGGAGGAACAUCAAUGAAAAGUCAAAAGCAGAAAAUAACUACGAAGGGUUUGUGGAUGAUUUGGAUCUUCCAUUGCUUGAUUUGUCAAUAAUUUUGGCUGCCACUGAUAAUUUCUCAGAGGUGAACAAGAUUGGAGAAGGUGGUUUUGGACCUGUAUAUUGGGGAAAGCUAGCCAGUGGACUAGAAAUUGCUGCAAAGAGACUUUCACAGAACUCGGGACAAGGAAUAUCCGAGUUUGUAAAUGAAGUUAAACUGAUAGCAAAACUUCAGCACAGAAAUCUUGUAAAGCUUCUAGGCUGUUGUAUUCAUAAGCAAGAAAAAAUAUUGGUUUAUGAAUACAUGGCUAACGGCAGCCUAGACUACUUCAUUUUUGAUUUGCUGCGAAACACAGAUCACACCAAAGGUAAAUCACUUGACUGGCCUAAGCGGUUGAGCAUAAUUUGUGGAAUUGCUCGAGGGCUUAUGUAUCUUCAUCAAGAUUCUCGACUAAGGAUUAUUCAUAGAGAUCUCAAAGGAAGUAAUGUUCUACUAGAUGAAGAUUUCAAUCCAAAAAUAUCAGAUUUUGGAAUGGCUAAAACUGUUGGAAGAGAGGAGAUUGAAGGAAACACAAAUAAAAUAGUUGGAACAUUUGGGUACAUGGCUCCUGAGUAUGCUGUUGAUGGGCAAUUUUCUGUGAAAUCUGAUGUCUUCAGCUUUGGUAUUUUACUCAUGGAGAUAAUAUGUGGCAAAAGAAAUAGAGGGCGCUAUAGUGGAAAGCGAUAUAACCUUAUUGAUCAUGUAUGGACACACUGGAAAUUGAGCAGGACUUCCGAAAUAAUUGACUCAAACAUUGAAGAUUCAUGCAUUGAAUCUGAAAUCAUACGUUGCAUCCAUGUUGGGCUGUUGUGCGUGCAACAAUACCCAGAGGAUAGGCCUACAAUGACUUCAGUAGUUCUAAUGUUGGGGAGUGAGAUGGAAUUGGAUGAGCCUAAAAAGCCAGGUGUUUUCACGAAGAAGGAAUCUAUUGAAGCAAUCUCAAGUAGUUCAACCAAUACACUAACCAUAACCUUAAGUGCUCGGUGAAAAUAAAUGAGAUUGCUUCACAUGUUGCAUUAAAUUAAGUAUACUUCCUUCGAUUUUACAAUUACCACCAAAGGACUAGAGUUUCAAAACCUGUUUAGAUGUGUUGAAAUUGCUACAAAUUUUUAGAAUAUUCUUAAAUAUAAUAUGUAUGAAAAUAGUAGAAUAUCCUAGAACUAUAGAAUAUGGUAGAACAAUC